CACUUUAUUGCCUUUUUCAUGAUGCACGCAUCCAUUGCAGAGCAGUGACGGGUACUCUGUGCUGCUGCGACAAUAAGAGGGAUUGUACAGUAGGACAAGAAAAUUUAAAAGAAAAAAAAGGGGAGAGGAGAGAAAAAAUAAAAAAUAAAGCAGUCUGUCCCAGUCUAUAGAGCCUAUGGCCUAGAGUCUAGAGUGAAGGGAAGAAAACUGAGAAAGGGUGGAGAGGAGAGGGAAAAAGAAAGAAAAGAGGAGGGAAAGAGAGGGGGGAAAAAAACAAGCCAAAGGGUAUGGGUAUGGGGCUGAAAUGGUGAUAUGGAGCUCAAAAGAAAGAGAAAAAUCUGGUGGAAGAAACAAGUUCAUCUCUUUGGUCUAAUGGAUUUUUGUAAGGAUUGAUGGUUGCUUUGAAUUUCUCCUCGAAAGAAAAAUUCAACUGCUUCAUAUCCUUGCUCAAAUCGUCACGGAAGUGAGAAAAAUCCCAUCUUGAAGCCACAGAUGCUAGGAAUGCAGUAUAAUACUAACUUGCAAACAAAAGGGGUGCUGGAAGUUGGUUGUUUUGCUUCUUCAAUCUCCUCAGCUGAAGCAAAGUGCAAGAAAGAUGGAAACUUUACAAGCAAUGAGCCCAUUUCUGUGCUGGACACCCGGAGUCCUAGCCCUUCAACUUCGACAUCCACUCUUUCUUCCUCUUUUGGUGGCACAAAUGGUGGCGGCACCAGUGAAAAUACACCCAACCUGGUGGUAGGUUCUCACAGAAACACCCUGAAAGGAGCCGCACCGCUGGACCCCAUUACCACCGCCUCCGCCACCAACGGAGAAGGUGGUGGCGUAAAGGAGGAAUGGGUGACUGAGCUUCCGGCUGGCCUGGAGCUGAGCCAAGAUGGGCCAGAAAGAUACAAUCUUGGAUUGGAAGAUUGGGAGACUUUUUUAUGUGAAUCGACAGGCCAAGACCAGUCUCUUAUCAGGUGGAUUGCUGGCGACAUUGAGGACCCUUCUUUCAGCUUGAAGCAGUUAUUACAAGGCGGAAACUCAAGUGAGAUCGAGAGCAAUGUGGGUGUUGGCGGUAUUGAUCAGAGUUCUGGAUUUGAGGCCUUGGCCACAGGUGGUUGUACAGCCAACAAUGGUAAUGUGUUGCCAACCUUAAGUUCUUCUCCUUUAGGCCUUUCUGGUUCUGGGAAUUCUUUUGAUAGUAACAACGGAAAAUUCGGCUCUGUCCCAAGCUCUUUAAACUCGAACAACAAAAAUGGGAAUUCUCAAAAUCUAUUUCCAUUACCACCCAACAGUUCACUUGGUAUGCCUGAUGGUGUAAAUGUUGCUCACCAACAGCAGCUUCAGUUUGCCACCAUCCCUGAGCAGAAGUCUCCUAAUUUUAUGCCUCAUGUUAUGAUUAGUACUCCUCAAUUUCAGAAUGCUCCAAAUCUGAAUCUUUUGAAUUCAUUGUUGUCUUGUACCAAUCAAGACCAGCCUCAACCGAAGAGGCAGAAUUUGGGGAUUUUGAACCCAGCUGCAAGCUCUCAGAUCCCUAAAGUCCCACUUCUUGAUCCGGAUCCCAACCUUCUGCUCAGAAAGCAACAGGAGCUUCAAUUUGGGUUGGGACAACAGUUGAAUUCGCUUCCUUCCAGCAAUCCCCAGCAGAAGCCAUUUAUUGUGCCCAAGCAGGAGGUGGCUGAGGGGAAUGGCAAUUUACUAGUUGCACGCCACCAGCAGCAGGUUGUUUAUGACCAGCUUUAUAAGGCCACAGAGUUAGUUCUGGCCGGAAAUUUCUCACACGCGCAAGGGAUAUUGGCGCGGCUCAAUCACCAGCUCUCUCCUGCAGUAAAACCUUUUCAAAGGGCUGCUUUUUACUUCAAGGAGGCUCUACAGUUGCUUCUGCUUUUGCCUAACAGAGCUAUCUCGCCUUCUCUGAGGAUUCCUACACCAUUGGAUGGUAUUUUCAAGAUGGGGGCUUAUAAAAUGCUCUCUGAAGUUUCACCGCUUAUCCAAUUCAAGAAUUUUACCUCCAAUCAGGCCCUUCUUGAAGCCCUUGAUGAUGCAGCAAAUAUUCACAUUAUAGACUUUGAUAUUGGUUGCGGUGCUCAGUGGUCUUCUUUUAUGCAAGAGCUUCCCAGGAAAAAUAGAGGGGCAACUUCUCUGAAGAUUACUGCCUUUGCUUCUCCUUCAGCCUACCAUUCGGUUGAGAUUAGCCUUAUGCAUGAAAGUCUAACGCAUUUUGCUAAUGAUCUUGGUAUAAAAUUCGAGCUUGAGGUGGUGAAUUUUGACUCUUUUGACCCAAGUGGUUAUUCAGCAUCUUCAUUCAGGUCGUCCGAGAGUGAUACGAUUGCUGUAAACUUUCCUUUGUGGUCUGUUUCUAGUCGACCGACUAUACUACCUUCACUGCUCUGCUUUAUCAAGCAGCUUUCACCUAAAAUUGUGAUAAUGUUGGAUCAUGGGUGUGAAAGGUUUGAACUUCCUCCGUCCCAUCACCUGCUUAAUGCUCUCCAGUACUAUGAAGUAUUCCUGGACUCAGUUGAUGCUGCUAACAUGGCUUCAGAUGCUGUUAACAAGAUUGAGAGGUUCCUUAUUCAGCCUACAGUUGAAAGCAUUGUGUUUGGCAGACUGCAAUCACCGAACCAAAUUCCGCCCUGGACAAAUCUCUUUGCUUCUGCGGGGUUUUCAUCAGUACCAAUCAGUAAUUUUGCUGAAACCCAAGCUGAGUGUGUUGUCAAGAGGAGCCAAGUUCGAGGAUUUCACGUAGAGAAGCGCCAAGCAUCAUUGGUGUUGUCUUGGCAGCGGCGUGAGCUCUUGUCAGCCUCAGUUUGGAAGUGCUGAGAAAUUUCAGUAUUGUUAAGCAAGAAGAUUGCUGCAGCAUUGCAACUAACUCUACUCUUAGAUAUCGAGGCAAUAAAAUUCUGAACUGAAAUGGUACCACCUCCUAUGUAGUAGUUAAUUAUUGUCCUCCUAUGUUGUAGUUAAUUAUUGUACUAUGUUCUUGCUUGCGUAUCUCUGUGUAUUGCAAUGUAGUCUAUCUUCUAGACUGAUUGUCUCUCCUGAUGGAGAAACUCCUAACUGCAAGUUUAGUAGUCUUGUUAGAGUAAUUCGAAAUCUUGCUCCUGUGUAUCUUGAUAUAUUACUAGUAAUUAGUUUUUGAGUGGCUAUGUAGUGCUUUCUCUGGCCC